CGGGAGAAUCUCAACUCCGGCGAAUGGGUCCGAGGAAUAAUCGCUUCGCCGCAGGGUGGCUGUCUCAUUAGUUGGUACAUGCGCUGUGUUGAGGCCCGUCAUCCAGUACGCGAUUACAAUCCAAUCUGCCCAGCUGAAAACAAAGAACGGACGCGUGUCCGUGCAGUGGCGCGGCGUAUAGUGCCCCCUCACGAUCAAACAAAGGAGGAGCCAGCUAACUGUACCUCACAUGCAAACCAGGGAACGUGCGGUGAGAUUGCAGCUGCCUGGCAAAGCGGCCGGCUCUAGAGCCCCGCGCGCGGCGCUAAAAGCUGGCCCGUGCCGACGGCAGAAAAAAAGGGGGCGGGGACUUGGAGACUUUCGCAGACGACAGUUUAACGAUAAGCGCCCAUGACGGAAUUCACUGGUCCGUUGCCUGCUCCACGAGCCAACCAGAAGGCUUGCUGACUUGUUAGCAUCUCGUCGACCGAGUGACAGUAUUUGCGCGUCACAUUUAAUUGUGCAAAACGCCGGCUAAUGCCCGCAUUCUGGCACAUGAAAACGGGAAGUCAGACGUGUUAUCGCCACCUGUGGUCCUUCCCAUGCAUUUUUAAGGAGGAAUCUGUGAUCUCCGUUUAUCGUGGUUUCUGAUGAUGAGGCCCGUGUCUGGUAGCGGACCCCUCUGCUGAUAUCUCCCAUCACCCGCUUACCCGUCCGAUUUCACACUUGGCGGCAACUGAGAUUUUUUUUGUUGUCUUCCUGCACUGGCAUCUAUAUCGGCACGCAGUUUGACGAUACGGUGGCGGUUCGUAUUGCAAGUCUGCGGGUGCCCCCUGUUCAAGCGAGAAGAUGCCGAGGGGGUUCCUGGUGAAGAGAAACAAGAAAUCAGGAUCCGUCUCCUAUCGCUCUCGUUGCUCCGAUGAAGAUCAAGACGAUGCCUACAUCGAGAAUGAUGGCAUGGAUGGCUACACCAAACCCUUCAACUCCCCCGACUCGGGUUAUGGUCACAGCCCAGUCACGCUGCUGGUCAAAGGAAGUCCGGCCUUUCGAUUUGACCGGGAGUCUGUCUACUCCCCUGUCAGUUCUCCCCAUUUGAACACCUGCUCCUACCCAUCGCCACUCACCUUCAGCUCUUCAUCGCCAGCAUCACUGAACACCGAGAGGGAUAAAACACUGUGGCCAUUCACCGUGACUCCCACCACACCGCCCCGGAGACUACCCUCUGGUGUCCCACCACCUCUCCGAAUAAAGAGACCCCUCUCGGAGGAAACCGAGCGAAAACAGCACAAGGCCAAGAAACCCAAAGCCGCCCGUAAACUCAACUUUGACGAAGACAACACUUCUCCUGUCCAUGGUACCAUCAUCCGUGGUGAUGUUCCAACCGAUGGGGGCCCAGAUAAUGACAAUGGCAAGGGUGUAAAUGGAGCAUGCAACGGUGACAAAGGGGUAGAUAACAGCCUUGGCGGGGAUUUCGUCUGCCAGCUGUGUAAAGAGCAGUACCCUGACCCCUUUUCCCUAGCCCAACAUAAGUGUUCCCGUAUCGUGCACGUUGAGUACCGCUGUCCCGAAUGCGACAAGGUGUUCAACUGCCCAGCUAAUCUGGCAUCCCACCGGAGAUGGCACAAACCUCGACCCAAUAGCCGAUCCACACCCAACUCUCCCCGCAUCCUGCCUGCAUCCCCGGCCAAACCGGACGGUAGCAAGACCUUCGAGGUGACCCAUCGGACCGAGCAGUCGGACGAGUCACUGACCCUCAUCAAGGAUGACCUGACCAGCACCGGAAGUGACAGCAGUCGCAGCACCCCUAGCCCCGGUCGAGCCACGCCCAACGAGGAGGGGCAGUACGAGUGCGAUCAGUGCGGGAAGAAAUUCCGUCGUCCGGCCAACCUCCGUAAGCACAUGCAACAUCAUGGUGAGGAGGACACCUAUCCAUGUCAGUACUGUGGUCAGACGUUCAGCAGCCUAACCAGCCGGGCCAAGCAUGUCCUGACUCACGCCGUGGGCCCUAAGGAGAUCACCUGUGACGUGUGUGGCGGCUCCUACCAAAACAAGAUGGCGUUGGAGCAGCACGUGCGUCUACACCACUCCAGUGAGAUCUACCCGUGCAAGUAUUGCUCCUGCAACUUCACCAGUUCUCCAGGGCUGACACGACACAUCAACAAAAGGCACCCGUCUGAGAACAGACAGGUCAUCCUGCUCCAACAACUGCCUGCACAGCCGUGAGUAGAAUAACACACAAAAGCCACGAGUAACAAUAACCUACCGUCGUUUUGUUAUCAGAAGAUCAAUAUUUUUGCACAAAAGGAGAAAAAAGAUAUAAUUAUAUAAACAUGUGUCUUUUAAAGACAGUUUUAGGUUUUUAUUCUGUUCUUUGCUCUGUGUUCGAAUAUAUGCACAAAAUCAUUUUGCUCGUAUGUACCGGGAAAGUGAUCGGUUAGGUACAGAAUCACAGCGUAUGCCAUCUCUAAUAGGGUCCCAAAAAAAAAAUCAACACGUAAGACGAAUGUGGUUGCAUCUUUUUCUGUAUGUGAUUUAAUCCGUUUUCGAUCGAUUUCACACCGAAAUUGAAGUUCAUGUUUUGAGGGGUUUUUGUUGGAAAAUUUAUAUCCUAAGAAUUGAGAACAAAAUAGUUUGACAGAACAAAAGAUAUAUUUACUCGUCUUGCGUGGUUCAAGACUGAAAAAAGAAGAACUUAUUUCCACAACAUCUUCCAAAAAUUUUAAUAAUGCGAAAAAAGGAAAAAGUCAGUUUUCAACAACGAAAGGUUAAAGAAAUCAUAAGAUAAUUUAGAAUCGCAACAUUCCACAUGAUCUCAAAACGGGUAGAAAAUACCUCAUCCCUAUAUCAGGAACAAACAGUGCCCACUAAGUCCAAUCGAUAUGCAUUCCAGUCGAGAAAAGUGUGCUAUUAAACUUAAUGAUAUCAAUAAUCCGUCGUGGCAGCAUUUUGUAUUGCCAUUGAUUUCUGUGGGUUUUGUAGUCAAGCGAGUGACACAUGCCGAAAGACGCACGCGAGAGAGAAAAAAAACACCAGAAUGAAAAAAAAAACAGUUUAUCCAGCUGGCAAUAUCAUUAUGUUUCUGUUUCGGGUUAAACCGCAUUUAAUUACCUCGUUUGAUGAUCACUUUACACCAAAAUGCAUAAUAGCCACCUACGUGUUGUAGAUUUCACCAAUCAUCCACGAUCGAGUUGAUUUGUUUUGAGGGGGGAACCAUUAAAAGUAUUGAAAUGUUCUCAGUCGUCCAGUAGCGUAAGAUGAAAUAUCAAAUAAAUCUUAUUCUGCAACCUACGUUUUGCGACUUGCGACGUUGCGUCCGAAACCAUCGGACUUCGUUUCGGACGCAACGUCGCAAGCUGCAAAACGUAAGUUCCAGAAUAAGAUUCAUUUGAAAUUUCAAUUAAAAGUAUUAAUUGGAUAACAUAGUGUAUAUUAUUGGAUAAGUUUUUGUCAUUGAUAUUUCAAUCUGCUUCUGAUAUGUUUGUGAUUAUGUUUUCAACGAUUCACUUGAUAUUCCUAACGUCAUUUUACUACUGCUGUUAGCCUGAUAUUUAUUCGCAUUUAAAAACAAACUUACUUGUCAACAUUCCGCUGGUUGUGAAUUUAUAUGUAAAUAUAGAACAAAUUAAUUUAUUGACUAUUUACAGUAAUUUGGAAGGGGAUUUAUUUAUCGCUAUCUGUUUCCAUCAUCAAAUGUCACUGGAGAACGGGAUCAAAACGAGUAUAUUUCGUGGUUAUAUAGCUCUUCCACAUGUAGGGCCUACCAUGUUUCAUUCCAUUUCGAAUAUUGUGAAAUUCAACAUUCCAUUGAUCGAAGAUGCUAAAAAAUUAAAAAUGUGCCUAUAAUAUAAUGACCCUGUUAUUUUUCCCUGUUUGCGUCGGAAAUUAAAAGGUUUUCUUUAAACUUGCAUUAUAAUGCAUUAAAGUGCGGUUUAGUAGGCUAAUAUCGUUGUACGUUUUCACAUUCCAUAUGGUCACGUCAUUCAUACAGCUGUCUGUAAUAUUUUUGAACCAGUGCUUGCAUAUAAAAUGCAAAGACAAGACCGAUAUAUUUUGUUUUAGAUGCAAAUCUUGUUUGAAUUUAAGCAAAGAUGGCAUAUUUUUCAAAAGCCGAAUUUUCAUAAAAUGUUCGUUAAAACAAGUUAAUUUGAUAAUUUCAUUUGGAACCUAGAUUUUCUUGACGAGAAUCACGGAAUUUCAUCCCCCAAAAAAUCUUUUAUUAAAGGCCGGCGUGUUUAUCAAACUGUGAUGGACAAUAUUAUAAUUGGAGUUUUCUGCCCAUAACAGCGGACUAAAUGAAUGAAGGCACACCUUAUUUUUUGAGUAGAUUAAUUAUGAAUUGGCCAAUCCCCAUCCCGUGUCACUGGGUCACGCGACACUGAAUGCGCCCAGCCAUGCGCGAAGGGAGCGAGAUUGAAAAUGGGAGAUUGGAAUUAUUAUUUCAUGUUGACAACUACAGAUUGAUGUCAAAACACGUCCAUAUUGCUGUGAUCAUGUCGCUCACUUUGUCACGCCGGUCUUUGUGUUCAGAAAACCCGCAUGGUGUCCUGGGCUCUGUCGGCGAGCAAUGCAAACAUAUACAGACAUUAAUAAACAAAAAUAGCAUAUUGUUGUGUGCGAGGUUUUACUUUAUAAAUCAUAUCUUAAUUCAGUAUCUUAUUUAUUUGUUCGUUAUAUAUGGGAUGAAUUAUAAAUCGUCACUGAUUAUUGUUAUCACCAAAUGUUAACAUUUACAGCCAGUAACACAUUGCCGUUAUUUAUUGAUAAUGUUUUUUCGUUCUGUUAUUUAUUUCUUCAUAAUUGGAUAUAUCAUUUUGUUCCCAAGAAAACGUAGCGAAGAUCUGCUACCGGACAUGUUACUGAAAUGCCAUGCUCCUGGGCACAAAAAUAUUCAAGUUUGCCUCGUAGAAAUUAUUUAGAAUUCCUUGUAUCUCAAGAAAGUGUGCUUUUUUGUUCGUUUAAUUUAUUUAUUGAAAUAUACGGAGAUUAUUUAUUGUCUUAUUUAUUUUAUGUUUGCGUCAAAAAUAUACUCACAAUAUGUUAACGACAGAAAAUUUUAUUUAGUUCUUAUAGGCACUCGUUGUCAGUCACAGUGCUUGAUUUACAAGUCAUUGAAGCAUGUAAAAAGCUUAAUGUAUUUAUUAAUUAAAAUGGCAUUAUAUUAUGGCGAUAUGUUUACACGACACUGGUAACAAUUAUUUAUUCGUACCAUUAUAUAUGCACCAAUUUUUUAUUAAAAUGCUUUUAGUAUUUCAACGUCUAUGCCUCACUUCGUAAAAAAAAUGUCAUCACUAAGUCAUUCCAUUUUGUUUAAUGAUUGAUUUUUUAUUUCUUAUUUAAGUACUUAUAAAUUAUUCCUCGUCAUACAACCCAACCGUUUGCAUUGUAUAUGUACUCGUUAUAGCUCUACGUAUUGUUUUUUGACUAUAUAGUUCGCUCGAACUUUAAAGUAAAGUCAAUGUUGCCAUAGUCUAUAUCUAAUUUUACGUUAAUAUAUAUUCAAUAUUAUUCUCAUUAUGUUGUUUGUCGUCCAAUUUUACGACAAACUCUUUUCCAAGACAUUCACUUUCAUGGUUCCUGAUCCAGUGAGUUUAAAACAAACAUAAGUAAUGUUGACACAAUUGUUCAAAGUAUUCUAUUGUACAACGAAAAGAUGCCUUCAUUUAUCAUGUGGAUAUAGGCCUUGUUAUAAUACACCGUUUUAGAUCGAUCAUUUUGUAUGAUGUAAAUAAAAUGAUGAGCAAAAUAUUG